GAAAGAAAUCCAGAACGCGUCGUGUCGACCUCCCAUUUUAAUAAAUACGCGCUGUAAUUCAAACCAAUCACCGCCUUCAAAUUCAACACCCAAAAACAUUAAUUCACUCUCUGAAAAAAGUGAAGACAAAACCCUAGCCGUAUAUCACCAAUGGCUCCUCGCGCCGAUGAAUAUGAACAAGAGAGCCUCUCCGCCACCGACGAAGAAGAAGAAGACGACGAUGAAGGUUUUAAGGAGGACAUGGCUGCGCUCGCCAGAGCCUGCACCAUUGCCGGUACCCGCUGCGACAACGAUUUCACCGCCUGCCGUGAUCUCACCAUUCACUCCGACCAAAUUCAGGCCGAGGACCCGCUCUUGGCCGCCGGAGAUGCCAUUGUCCCCGUAACCGAUGACUUCGGCUUCGACUCUGACUCGGACGCUGACGAUAUAAAGUGCCUUGAAAGAGUGCAGAGCCUCUACCAGCCUUUGUGUUCUCUUCCCCCUAAGACCACAGCUUACAUCGACUACGAUGAUGAUGACGACGGCGAGGACGAUUUUGCGACAGUCCGUGCUAUUUUUAAUCGGUUUUCCAACUACAACGAAGGCGGAAUGGGAACACCAGCUGAGGGGGAUCGGGCCUUAAGCCUUGGCUAUAAAGGGGAUAUUGUUAACAGCUCGAUCUCUGACAGAUCAGAUGAUGGUGAAUUAUGUCCUGUUUCUCAAUAUCCUAAUAUGACCACCAAUUUGUUGACUGCGAACAAUGAAAUGAAGCAUUGUGGUUUUGUUGAGAGUUUUAUAUCUGAUCCCUGCAAGUUAACUGAAUUACCACCGAAAAGAUCAAGCUUUCCUCCAUCGGCUCAGGCUUUUAUUGAUGCCAUCAAGAAGAAUAGGUCUCUCCAGAGAUCUCUUAGACGUAAGUUGACUGAGACUGAAGCUAAAAUUGAGAAAAACAAAGAGCUAAGGGACAAAGUUAAGAUCCUUAAGGACUUCCAGCUUUCAUGCAUUAGAAGGACAGGGAGUGCUUUAUCACUAAAAAAGGAUUUCCGUAUUCAGUUAAUAUCAGCAAAAAAGUCUUAUGCUCCAAAUGAAAAGGUUGGUCACUUGAACCAUAAAAAAAUAUCUGCAAUGUGUUAUGGCCCAGAUGAGAAUCCUCUUGUCCCUUCUUAUAAGAUGGUUUUGGAAAGAUUUGCGCUUUCAUUGGAUCGGAAAAAAUGGUCAUCUGUGGAAAGGGAAAAUCUUAGGAAGGGAAUUAAGGAACAAUUCCAAAAAAUGGUGUAUCAAAUUUCAGUAGACAGAUUAAGUUCAGAGUGUUCAUUUGGAGGUGCAAAUGACUUGGAUAGCAUAACUGAAUCUGUUAAAGCUCUUGAAAUUUCAUCAGAGUGGGUUAGAGAAUUUUUACCUAAAGUUGAUUGGGAUCAGUUGGCUUCCACACAUCUUUCUGGUCGUACUGGUGCUGAAUGUGAAUCAAGGUGGUUGAAUUGUGAAGAUCCCUUGAUCAAACAAGACCCAUGGACUAGGGAAGAGGAUAUGUCUCUUUUGCGUAUUGUUCAAGAUAAGGGCAUUGGGAACUGGAUUGAUAUUGCUGAAUCAUUGGCGGCCACAAACAGGACUCCGGAUAAUAAUACAAACAGGACUCCAUUUCAAUGCUUGGCACGAUAUCAAAGGAGCUUAAAUUCUUCCAUGCUAAAUAGUGAAUGGACUGAGGAAGAAGAUGCUCAACUUUGUUCUGCUGUAGCAUAUUUUGGUGAGCAAGAUUGGCAGUCUGUGGCUUCUGUUUUAGAAAGGCGGACUGGAACACAGUGCUCAAAUAGAUGGAAAAAAUCGCUUUAUCCUAAGAGGAAAGGGAGCUUUACUCCAGAGGAGGAUGAACGCUUAAUAGUAGCAGUCAUGCUUUUUGGACGGAAAUGGAUUCAAGUAGCUAAAUUUGUUCCUGGAAGGACCCAAUCUCAGUGUAGGGACAGAUACCUCAAUAGUUUGGACCCUUCUUUGAAAUGGGGUGGAUGGACUAAGGAAGAGGAUUUAAGAUUAGAAGCUGCAAUUGUCAAGCAUAGAUUCUGCUGGUCUAAGGUUGCUGAAGAUGUGCCUCCUCGCACUGAUUCUCAAUGCCGGAAGAGAUGGAGGGUGUUAUUUCCUGAUCAAGUUCCUUUGCUUCAAGAGGCAAGAAAGACUCUAAAGUCUUAUCUUGCUAGUAACUUUGUUGAUCGAGAAUCUGAACGCCCGCCCCUUACACUGAAUGACUUUCUUCCUUUACGUAUGUUAGUUUCACCAUCUGAUGAUGGUGCUGUGAAUCUCCCCAGUAAGCGGAAGAGGGAGUCAAGCAGAAUAAGGUCUAAAAAACAUGUAAAUGAAGCUCGACCCUGUCCCAAGGAAGUACAAGAUGUAGUAUGUAGUGACCAGGUCAAUACUUGUGGUGUAGAUGUCUCAUUCAUUACGAGCAGUAAUGUUCCCAAGAAAAUGAGGUCCAAAAGACAUGCGAAAAAGGCUCGAAAUUGUCUCAAGGAAGUAGAGGAUACAGUAAAUGGUUACGAAGUCGAGACAUGUAUUGAGAGUUCAGAAAUUCAAGAUUGGGACAACAAAACUCUUGCAUGCUUUUUACGCAACAAAUCAAAGAAGAGACGAUUUAAAUGUACCAAAAAUGUGAGUCCGGCUUUCUCUCCCUCUGGGACAACAAUUGUAUCUAAGCAGAUUGAAAAUCAAAUCCCAUCUGGUGAGGAAGAUGGGUUGUCUCAGUCAUGUGGUACUGAUGGAACUAAAGAUUUGUCCAUGCGGCAGAUUGUUGUUUAUCACAGACAAGUGACAAAACCAGAAGAUGCAAAUAGAUCGACUGGGGAUGAUGACGAUGAUAUGACUCUUGCUUGCCUUAUGGGUAACAAAUCAAAAAAAUUGAAAAAAGGAUCUUUGUUACUUCGUGAAGUGCAUUGUGGAAACAAUCCAACCAUCAUAGUUGAUGGCGAUAGACCGUCAAUGUCAAAGCUUGUUGAAGAGGAGACUGUUUUGCAUGGUGUGGCUGAACCCACAAACGUAAAUGUGGAAGAAAAAGAUUAUGACCUGCUUGCUUCUUUCCUGCAAAAUAAGACAAAGAGACAGCGAAGAAGAGCCAAUGUUCAUAAAAGUAAGUGUUAAUUAUGUAGGCUGGAAUAUUUAUUUUUUUGUUUUCCGAUUCCUAUGAAUGAAUAGAAGAAAAUUUGACAUAGUUUUAGGGGGCAGUGAUUUCUCUGAUGUACGAAGUAUGCAAGUGCAGUUUUGCUGAGCUUGGGCCUGUACAUACAGAUUUUUCGGCCUAGUGCACUUUGUAACUUUGGGACUGCCAGAAUUCUGUUCCCGUUUUAUUUUUUGUAUUUGUUUUUAAUGUUCUAAAGCUU